GUGGUCGUAUCUACCCAGUGUCGGUGCCCUACUCCAACUGCCCCAGCAGCACCAGUAAGACCAGCGUCACCCUCUCCCUGGUCAUGCCCUCUCAGGGGGGUACCCUCACCAACGGGACCAACACAGCCUCUACUCUGGAGGAGGGCACACCCACACACACACCUGGCCAGAGUCCCACCACCACGCUCCAUUCCACCAAUAACCAGACCACCCAGAGCUCCAGCUCUUCUUCAGGAGACGGAGGCAGCCUCUUCAGACAGCGUGGCAGCCAGGCGGUGCAGCCAGACGAGACCGGACGGGUCCCUCCCUAUGUUGACUUCACCCAGUUCUACCGGCUGUGGGGGUCGGACCACGGAGACUUCCUGGGGACACAGGGGGCCUCAGCUGGGCUGGGGCCUCAGUGAUGGAGGGGGACAAGAUUUGGGCUGAAGAGAGUGAUAACUGCUCUUGAAGAAGGGAGGUAUAGGAAUGUAUUGGAAGGGUUGUGUGAUGGAUUUUGGUGGUGUUGUGGAGAUUUCGAGCUGAUAAGGCAUCCUUAGGCAGAAACGGAUUUCUAUGUUUUUACUUGAUCACGACUAUUCCUUUUCCUACAGCUGAUAACGUGUUUAUUACACUCCUAAAGGUAAUGUUAUUGAUAGGUCAGGUGGAUGACAGGUAUGCUGGAAGGAAGGCUGAUCUAGCAUCAGUUUUUGCUUUAGAUAAUAAUGAAUAAGAUUAUAUGGACAGGGGUGACCUGAUCCUAGGUCAUUGCUCUUACUCUGAAAUGCUUGAUACGGCCCCAGAUCUACCUGAAUGGACUGAAUUCACUCCCAACACAGUCAGUGUGUGUAUGUUGGCUGGCGUUUAACUCCUGUCACCUGCUCUUUGUCUGUCUGUAAACAAGGGAGGGAGGUGGGAAGGGAGAUGAAUGAUGUGAGGUUAUCAGUCUGUCUGAACAAGGGAAGGAGGAGAGGGGAUGAAUGAUGUGGGGUUAUCAGUCUGUCUGUGAACAAGGGAAGGAGGAGAGGGGAAUGAAUGAUGUGGGGUCAUCAGUCUGUCUGUGAACAAGGGAAGGAGGAGAGGGGAAUGAAUGAUGUGGGGUUAUCAGUCUGUCUGUGAACAAGGGAAGGAGGAUGAAUGAUGUGGGGUUAUCAGUCUGUCUGAACAAGGGAAGGAGGAGAGGGAGGUGAAUGAUGUGGGUUUAUCAGUCUGUCUGUAAACAGGGGAGGGAUGUGGGAAGGGAGAUGAAUGAUGUGGGGUUAUCAGUCUGUCUGUGAACAAGGGAAGGAGGAGAGAGGGGUGAAUGAUGUGGGGUUAUCAGUGCAGGUGACACUAUGUAAUGAGCUGACAAGUGAAGGGACUCAUCUCAGCUGUCUCUUGUUACUGUAGCUCUCCGUUGAUCUCUUUCCACCCCACUCCCUCCUACUCUACCUGCCUCCUCACUCUCUCUUUCCACCCCACUCCCUCCUACUCUACCUGCCUCCUCACUCUCUCUUUCCACCCCACUCCCUCCUACUCUACCUGCCUCUCCACUC